AUGGGUACAUUGGAUAGUGAUGCGAGGGGGGUAGUCUAUGCGCGUAGGAAUUGUCACAAGCGCACGAGUACUGAGGAUUCUGAUGUGCGUGCUAGGAGCCCAGUCUCCAUGUUGGACGGCUCGUCCCUAUCCACAUGGUUGUUGAGGAUUCCUUCGUGUGGUUCAGCCAAACGAUCCCUGGUUGGAUUGUUUCCCCUCCUUGGCACUUGGAUACUUGGAUAUGUCAGAACCCUGGGCACCCUUGGCAGUGUGUUUCAUAGAUCCUUAGAAGGGUAG